UCUGUCGAAUACUAAGUGUAUUCCAACGUUUUUGAAGAUGAUAACGUUCUGGAUGGUUGCUUUGUUUAUGCUCAUUGGAUCUCUAUUACCGAGUAUUGUGAAAUGGGGCACACACUUCAUAUUUAAGAUAACUGACGAAGAAAAUAUACAUAGAGAAGAAUUCAAAGAACUCAGGAAAGAGUUGGCUGGUAUAUCUGCUGUAGAUGAAUUUGCACGUUACGCCCGCACUCAGCGAAAAAUGAACAAGCUGGAGGAACAAAUCCAAGCUCUUGGUCAGUCGAGAAUGGACGAUCGGGAAUCUAUCAGAUGGAAAUUUACUAAAACCAUACAGGUUAUCAAUGGUGCCGUUCUUGUCUACCUGGCUGUCACUCAACGGUACGAACCAGUUCUUACUGGAGUUCCUGACUGGUUCUGGCCACUGAAUCUCGUGAUUAGUUACCCCACCGGGGUCGAAGGCGCACUCAGCAUUGUAUUCUGGUUAUUUAUAUGUAACAACGCCUGUCGGGCAAUCCUCAAAUGAAAACACUUGCACGUGGUAUGAACACCAAUUUCCGAAUGA